GCUAUUAUUUCCUCCUCUUGCUUGCAAUUUUUUGGUUUUUGGGUUUUAUAUUUCAUGUUAAUAUAAUCAAUAACAAACCCAAUCAAGAAUGGGUCAGCAGAAAUUGAUCUACAGUUUAGUAGCGAGGGGAACCGUGGUCUUGGCCGAUUACACGGAAUUCAAGGGGAAUUUCGGCACCAUCGCUGCUCAGUGUCUCCAAAAGCUCUCCGCUUCCAACAACCGUUUCUCCUACACUUGCGACGACCACACCUUCAAUUACCUCGUUGAUAAUGGAUUCACUUAUUGUGUGGUUGCUGUUGAAUCCGCGGGCAGACAGCUACCGAUCGCCUUUCUGGAGCGCAUCAAGGAUGAUUUUACGAAGAAAUAUGGAGGUGGGAAAGCUUCAACUGCUGGCCCCAACAGCCUCAAAAGGGAGUUUGGGCCUAAAUUGAAAGAGCAAAUGCAGUACUGCGUUGAUCACCCAGAAGAAAUCAACCAGAUUGCUAAAGUCAAGGCUCAGGUCUCUGAGGUGAAAGGUGUGAUGCUACAAAACAUUGAGAAGGUUCUUGAUCGUGGGGAGAAGAUCGAAUUGCUUGUUGACAAGACAGAUAAUCUCAAAUCACAAGCAGCGGAUUUCAAGAAGCAAGGGACGAAGAUGAAGAGGAAGAUGUGGGUUGAGAACAUGAAGAUCAAACUGGUGGUGUUCGGCAUUGUGGCGCUUUUGGCUCUCCUGGUGGCGUUGUCGGUGUGCCCCAAAUUCCAGUGUUAGAUUGGCUCACCACUCAGAGUUAUUAUGACUUAGUCUGUAAAUUGUGUACAAGUGAAUUACAAUUGUUGAUCAUAGAAAGCUUGUUGUUUCACAUUCUAACACACUUUCUUAUAUAUAUACAUGUAUUUGAUGGUGUAUUUCACUACUAGA